AUGGGAAAUUGUGGAAGUUCGAGAAAAAGACUUCCACAACCACCGAUACAACCUCAACCGCAUAUACAGCCUGGACAAGUAGUUGUAAUUCCACAAAUUCAACAAUAUCAGCCCCCUAAUUUUUCUCCAACCUAUGUUCAAACCCUUUCACCUUUAACGACAACAUACCCGUCUCAACCACCGCCGAUACUCAUGGGUUCUCCAGUUGAAUACAAUCAAGGACAAUAUACAACAAUAGAACCAUUUUAUAAUGAGGAAGCACAUUAUCCGUCACACCCAUCAUCAGUUAUUUUAGAUGAUUAUGGCGUUGAGGAACAACCAAAAUUAGCCGAGAUGUAUGUUCCUAACCAAAAUCAAGGUAAUGCUGGUUAUUGUGAAAAUUGUAAACAGAGAUUAGUAGACUUUGAUCCCGAUGGUUACGCCAGCGAUUUCUGCAGUGAUGAAUGUCGCCGAGAAGCACUGGGAGCAGGGCUAUCCAAUCCUCCAUGUAUCCAAUGUAAAGAAUUUCCCCGAGUAAAAAGUUCCGAAUUUUGUGGUAUGCUUAAAUGUAGAAAUUUACCAUUAUGUUUAACUUGCAAGGCUAAACGAGUUUAUACUCGUUCCCUUUGGUGUUCAAAAUUUUGUCGAGAUAGAACACCUAAUUGGCGACAACUAGUUAUUGAAAGAAGUAAUCAAUUAUGUUUAUAUUGUAAUAGAGAUCGUGCAAUUUUGGGACAAGAUUUUUGUAGUAGUCAAUGCGAGAGCUUUGUUCAUAGUAAUGGUAUAUUUAUUAUCACUGAUUCAAAUAGUCAAAAAUAUAAAGACGUUUCAAAACAAUUUAAAGAUGCUUGGAGACAUCCACAUAAACCUGUUCCCGAAAUUAGUAAAGUAUGGAAGAUAUAUUGCACGGAAGCUUUAAUAUCUCGAUAUAAUCUUUACCGAGAAGAAGUUGAAACCCGGCAAAACUUGGCUGGUAAUCCUUUCCCGAGAGGUGAUGGGAAACGAUUAAUGAGUGCAGGGAAUGAACAAAGAAGAUUUCAUGGAACAAAAAUGUCAUGCCUUAUUGGCCUUAAAAAUGAUGGGCAAGUAUGCAGCGACAAAUCAUGUUCGGUCUGUUGUAUUAUAAGAGAAGGGUAUAAGCUUAGGUUUGUAGGUACAGGUACAGUAUUUUCGAGAUUUGGUAGGGGAAUUUAUUUCUCUGGUACAUCAUCAAAGUCUGAUGAUUAUAAUGAUGGUUCAUUAAAAGAUUUUUAUGGUGUAAGUUAUAAGGUGAUGUUAUUAAAUAAAGUUGUGGUAGGAAAAGGACAUCCACUUACUGUAGAUAAUAUGACACUUACAAGUCCACCACUUGGUUAUGAUAGUGUAUUAGGAGAACCUAGUACAUCUGGGAAUUUAAAUUAUGAUGAAGUAGUUGUGUAUAGUGAAAAGGCAUCAAUUCCACAGUAUUUGAUUGUUUAUAAGGCACAAUAA